AUGGAGAACGCACAUACGAAGAGUGUGGAGGAAGUUUAUAGUUUUUUCUGCGUCAAUGAGAGCACUGGACUUUCGCUGGAGGAGGUGAAGCGGCAAAAGGAGAAAUGGGGCCUGAAUGAGUUACCAGCAGAAGAAGGAAAAUCUUUAUGGGAGCUGGUCCUUGAACAGUUUGAAGACUUACUUGUACGGAUUCUUCUAUUGGCGGCGUGCAUAUCGUUUGUUUUAGCCUGGUUUGAGGAAGGAGAAGAGACUAUCACAGCAUUUGUAGAGCCUUUUGUAAUUUUACUCAUUCUAAUCGCCAAUGCCAUCGUCGGAGUUUGGCAGGAACGAAAUGCUGAGGACGCCAUAGAAGCACUAAAGGAGUAUGAGCCAGAGAUGGGAAAAGUCUAUCGCCAGGACAGGAAGACGGUCCAGCGGAUCAAAGCCAGAGACCUUGUACCUGGAGACAUUGUGGAGGUGGCUGUUGGGGACAAGGUUCCUGCAGACAUACGGAUCUGCUCCAUCAAGUCGACCACCCUGAGAGUGGACCAGUCCAUUUUAACCGGAGAAUCUGUGUCUGUGAUCAAACACACCGAUCCAGUUCCUGAUCCUCGGGCUGUUAAUCAGGACAAAAAGAACAUGCUCUUUUCUGGCACAAACAUUGCCGCUGGUAAAGCCGUGGGCGUAGUGGUGGCCACAGGGGUGAACACAGAGAUCGGGAAGAUCCGUGACGAGAUGGUGGCCACGGAGCAGGACAAGACGCCACUGCAGCAGAAACUGGACGAGUUCGGGCAGCAGCUGUCCAAAGUCAUCUCCAUCAUCUGCAUCGCGGUGUGGAUCAUCAACAUCGGACACUUCAACGACCCGGUCCAUGGAGGCUCCUGGAUCCGGGGAGCAGUCUACUACUUUAAAAUCGCCGUCGCUCUCGCCGUGGCUGCCAUCCCAGAGGGGCUGCCUGCUGUCAUCACCACCUGCCUGGCUCUGGGGACGCGCCGUAUGGCCAAGAAGAACGCCAUCGUGCGCAGUUUGCCCUCUGUGGAGACCCUGGGCUGCACCUCUGUCAUCUGCUCCGACAAGACGGGAACGCUGACCACCAACCAGAUGUCUGUGAGCCGAAUGUUCAUCCUGAACAAAGCCGAAGGGGACAGCUGCUCCCUGAGCGAGUUCACAGUCACGGGGUCGACCUACGCCCCAGAGGGAGAAGUGUAUCAAGACAACAAACAAGUGAAAUCCUCUCAGUUUGACGGCCUGGUUGAACUAGCCACCAUCUGUGCCCUCUGCAACGACUCCUCUUUGGACUUCAAUGAGGUGAAAGGAGUUUAUGAAAAGGUGGGAGAAGCCACGGAGACGGCCCUGACCUGUCUGGUGGAGAAAAUGAACGUUUUUGACACCGAAGUGCACAACCUGUCAAAGAUCGACCGCGCCAACGCCUGCAACUCUGUGAUAAAGCAGCUGAUGAAGAAAGAGUUCACGCUUGAGUUUUCACGAGACCGCAAAUCCAUGUCCGUGUACUGUACCCCCAACAAGUCCCGGUCUUCAAUGGGGAAAAUGUUUGUCAAGGGGGCGCCAGAGGGAGUGCUCGAUCGGUGCUCUCACGUCAGGGUGGGCAACUCCAAAGUCCCAAUGACCAAAGGCGUGAAGGAGAAGAUCCUGUCCGUGAUCCGCGACUACGGGACGGGCCGCGACACGCUCCGCUGUCUGGCUCUGGCCACUCGAGACUCUCCCCCACAGAUGGCGGACAUGAUCCUGACCGAAACCGCCAAGUUCUCAGAGUACGAGUCCGAGCUGACCUUUGUGGGCUGUGUGGGGAUGUUGGACCCUCCCCGGCAGGAGGUGGCGGCCUCCAUCACACUGUGCCGUCAGGCCGGGAUCCGCGUCAUCAUGAUCACCGGCGACAACAAGGGCACCGCUGUGGCCAUCUGCCGCAAGAUCGGCAUCCUGACAGAGGACGACGACGUGGAGAAAAUGGCCUACACCGGGCGGGAGUUUGACGAACUGUCCCCGGCCGCUCAGAGGGAGGCGGUGACCCGAGCACGCUGUUACGCCCGCGUGGAGCCGUCGCACAAGUCUAAAAUCGUGGAGUAUCUGCAGGGCUUUGACGAGAUCACUGCUAUGACAGGAGAUGGUGUGAACGACGCUCCCGCCCUGAAGAAGGCGGAGAUCGGCAUCGCCAUGGGCUCCGGGACGGCUGUGGCCAAAUCAGCCUCAGAGAUGGUCCUCGCCGACGACAACUUCUCGUCCAUCGUGGCCGCGGUGGAAGAGGGAAGAGCCAUCUACAACAACAUGAAGCAGUUCAUCCGAUACCUCAUCUCCUCCAACGUGGGCGAGGUCGUCUGUAUCUUCCUGACCGCAGCUCUGGGCUUCCCGGAGGCCCUCAUCCCGGUGCAGUUGUUGUGGGUGAACCUGGUCACAGACGGUCUUCCAGCCACCGCUCUUGGCUUUAACCCCCCAGACCUGGACAUCAUGGAGAAACCACCACGGAACGCCAAGGAGCCGCUCAUUUCUGGCUGGCUCUUCUUCAGAUACCUCGCCAUCGGAUGUUAUGUUGGCGCUGCGACGGUGGGAGCUGCUGCCUGGUGGUUCAUUCUGUCUGAUGACGGACCUCAGAUCACACUGUACCAACUGAGCCACUUCCUUCAGUGUGAGCCGGACAACCCGGACUUUGAGGGUCUGGACUGUCACGUCUUUGAGUCUCCGUAUCCCAUGACGAUGGCCUUGUCUGUGUUGGUGACGAUCGAGAUGUGCAACGCCCUCAACAGUCUGUCGGAGAACCAGUCCCUGCUGCGGAUGCCUCCCUGGGAGAACGUGUGGCUCCUGGGGGCCAUCUGUCUCUCCAUGUCUCUGCACUUCCUCAUCCUCUACGUGGAGCCGCUGCCGGUCAUCUUCCAGAUCACUCCCCUGGACUCGACCCAGUGGCUGAUGGUGCUGAAGAUCUCCUUGCCCGUCAUCCUGCUGGACGAGCUGCUCAAGUUCAUGGCCCGGAACUACCUGGAGAUGGGUAAACCCCUGGAGAAGGCGCCCCCUAAAGGCUGCGCUCUGCCCCCCUGCACCAACGGCAUCUCCUGGCCCUUCGUGGCUCUGUCGCUGCCCCUGGUGCUGUGGGUCUACCUCCCCGACAACACUAACCUGGCCUCCCUUUGGCGCUGA